UAUACAUCUUGACACAGUUGCUUUCAAUGAGGUUUUUUCUCUCAGAGUGUGUAUCUAUUGAAGUGCUGAAUGAUGAAACCAUUACCGUCUCUGUGACCAAUAACUUCACAAUAAAUAUCCUCUCCUAUCAUGUGGACAUCUUUCUCACUACUCUGGGCACCAAUGAGAUGGUUACACUCCCUCCUCUAAAUGGGAUUCAAAAUCAAACACAGUUUAAUUACGGGCAACCUGAUAACCACACUGUCUGUGAUAUAUUCACCUUCACUGUGACUCCAAUUAGCGAGUCAGGAAUGGAAGGAAGAUCCAGUGAACCAGUAAUUUACUUCUUUACAGCAAUUAGAGAUAAUAACAAUGUCACUUCCCUCAUCAGUCAGGGAGGAAAUGUGUUGAUGAAAAUAGUACAUCUCAGUGGUAUGGUACCCAACUGUACCAACUUCACCUCCUACCAAGUGACCUCUGACAUAUUGGCACCCAUCAAUAAGACCAUCGAAGACCCCCACAUGAUAAGUUUCUCUCUUCCCACUGACCAGAUAAUCAACAUCUCUGUGACGCUUACUUCGAUCACGGGUGUACGUCUCAUAUUCAAGGACAUGCUAAUCAGAACAACUGAUGUUCAAAAUUUGAUUGUGGACGUUUGCCCUAAAGAAAACUGUGCAAGUAUUGAGUAUGUUGAAGGUACCCUCUCUCCCGGAGCUCUUCUCUGUGUGAUACGUACCAUUGAUGGAGAGUUGGAUUUUCCAAGCACAAGACUAGUGCCAAUUCGACGGAAUAUGAGUGACAAUUUUACCAUCCCGGUGACUGUUAGUGGAAAUUACAGUGUGGUUGCAUUUGACCUUGAGAACAACAAUUUGAGUGUACCAAGAAUCCCCAUUUCUAUAGCGGCCAACGAUGAAACUAUAUUUUUGCUCAAUAGUAAGUCGGCUAUUAUAUGUCAGUGUUGUACAUAUACUUUUUUGUGUGCUGUGCCAUAUCCUCCCAAAAAAUUGUACUCGCAGAUAAUUGGCAUUAAAACCGCUUGCGAGUAAUUGAAAAAUUUAAUUUCACAACUUGAGCAAGAAUUUAAUUUAAUUAAUUUUUAAGCUAAAUAGUGAAAUCGCAAACAAAUCAGGCUACCUGUGAAAAUAUGUCACCUUAAGGUAAUUAUAAGUAGACAAAAGCAACCUCUCACGAGCGGACCUUCUGGAUUCCGGACAGCGGACAAUCUUUGUGCAAAACUUCCUCUUAUAACGGACAAACAGAAAAUUACAC